GUUCUUUUGUUCCGCCGACCUCUCAUAAAUCUACGGAGCUAUUUUCUGCUUCCGCUCUCUUCGACGAAAAAUUUGUUGGGUUUAGGGUUCCGUAUCAAGAACCUACGAGGUUCUCCAAUGGCGGACGAUGACUACAAUGAUUUGGAUAUGGGGUAUGAGGAUGAGCCCCCAGAGCCUGAAAUUGAGGAAGGAGAGGAGGAGGAGAACGUACAACCAGAUGAUGAUAUGAAUGAUCCUAUCAUAGAAGGUGAAGAUAGAGAAGCAGAAGCAAAGGAGAAACAGCAAAGGAAGACAUCUAAGUACAUGACAAAGUAUGAACGGGCUAGAAUUCUUGGGACACGUGCCCUUCAAAUUAGCAUGAAUGCCCCAGUCAUGGUUGAGUUGGAAGGUGAAACUGACCCACUUGAGAUUGCCAUGAAGGAGCUUCGUCAACGCAAGAUACCGUUCACAAUACGGCGUUAUUUGCCUGAUGGAAGUUAUGAAGAUUGGGGAGUGGAUGAAUUGAUUGUUGAAGAUUCUUGGAAGAGGCAAGUAGGAGGCGACUGAUGAAAUGGUUGAAGUAUAAUUGCUUCUGUUGCCAACUACAGUAGUUUUACUGUCUAGUGUACUCUGCUCGAUGGAAGUCUUAUCACAAACAUAAUAAUAUAGCUAAUCGUGUUUAUACUAGACUAGAAUAUCGAACAGAUGUUUUCUAGGAUAGUUUGUCUACCAGAUUUUAAGUAGAUAGAAAAAAUGCAGUCAUUGCUGACAGUGCUGUGCAAUUGUGAAUAUUUGGUGUACGAAUAUGAUCAGUCCUGCUUGUUUUGACCUGUAA